AUGGAAGGCCGCUGCCAAUGCGGCGCCGUCAAAUUCCGCACCCCCAACGACAAACCCGUGAAAUGGUUCAUCUGCCACUGUCUCGAAUGCCGCCGCCAAUCCGCCUCCGCGUUCGGCAUCUCCGCCAUCUUUCCCAACUUUGACCUCCUGGCCCAGAACCCGGGCGCCGGAACAGGGCCGGGGACGGGAUCCGCGGACUCUACAAACGACGCGAACAGUUACGAGAACGACCUGAUAGGAACGUACACUCACUCCAAUACGACCUCCGGACGCGCGAAGCGGUGCUAUUUCUGCAAAAAGUGCGGCACGCGGAUCAUGAAUCUUAGCGUCGUUCCCGGGAAUGGUGCGGGCGGGUGGGUUGCCGUCAAGGGCGGGUGUCUUGAGGGCAUUCGCGGCGACGUGUGGACUUCGGCCACGCAUAUUUGGACGAAGAGUGCGUUGGUGGGUAUUCCGGAGGGGGUGGAGCAGUACGAAGGAGAUCCGCCGCCGAGGCAGUAG